ACAAGAGUCUCGCGAAGGACCUCUUCGAGGAUAUGGGGCGCAAGGUCGCCGACGCGAGCGCACAGCAAGAAGAGGACGACUCUCGGGUUGUUGACGAGAUUGAGAGUCUGUGUAUGAACUGCCACGAAAACGGUACUACACGCCUCCUUUUGACAAGAAUUCCCUUCUUCCGCGAGAUCGUCAUCAUGUCCUUCGAGUGCCCGCACUGCCACUUCCGAAACUCUGAGAUCCAGCCCGCUGGUGAAAUCCAGCAGCGCGGUAUCAAGUUCACAGUACGAGUCGACACCGUAGACGACCUCAGCAAGCAGGUCGUCAAGAGCGACACUGCGAUAUUCCGGGUUGAGGAGAUUGACUUGGAAAUUCCCCCUGGUCGUGGACAGCUCACGAACAUUGAGGGCAUCCUCUCUAUGGUCGCGCAAGAUUUGGACCAGAAGCAGGACGAGCGAAGAGAGAAGAUGCCGGAGGUCGCGCCGCAGAUCCAAAAGGUUAUCGAUACACUCAAGGAGAUGGCGAGUGGUGAGAAGCUGCCUUUCAAGGUCACAAUCGAUGACCCGGCCGGCAACUCCUCGAUCGAACCUCCCAACCAGCUCUCCGCUGGAAAGUACUCUCGUCACGAGUACGCACGAACUGCUGCGCAGAACGAAGCGCUUGGCCUGGGUGACAGCAGUGGGCAGAAGGAGGCGCCCCUCAACGUGGAGGCACCAGCCACCGAGAUCCGUCCCGAGUACCACGCUACUCAGAUGUACCCUGAGAUGCCCUCUGCUCACCAGCCUAUGGUGAACAACGUGGACGAAGACAUUGUUGAAGACCAGGUUUACUCCUUCCCAGCAAGCUGCCCAGGAUGCACUUUGUCGUGCACGACAAACAUGAAGAUGGUCAACAUUCCCCACUUCAAGCAGGUUGUCCUCAUGUCUACUGUUUGCGAGCACUGUGGAUACCGAAGCAACGAAGUCAAGACCGGAGGCGAAGUACCGGAGAAGGGUCGCCGCAUUACAGUCAACAUCCAGAACAGGGAGGACAUGUCGCGAGACAUCCUCAAGGCUGAAUCCUGCGCAAUGUCCUGCCCCGAGCUCAACCUCAGUGUUGAGCCUGGUACAUUGGGCGGCAGGUUUACCACAGUCGAGGGUCUUUUGACACAAGUCCGCGACGACCUCCGCUCUUCCAUCUUCGACGUUGGUGAUGGCGGUGACUCGAUGGACUCUGCGUCGAAGAGCAAGUGGAACACCUUCUUCGACCAGUUGGGCUCUGCCAUCGAUGGCAACGAGAAGUUCACGGUCAUCCUUGAGGACCCUCUUGCCAGCAGCUACGUCCAGAGCUUUACUGCGCCAGAGCCUGACCCGCAGAUCAAGGUCGAGGACUACGACCGCACAGAGGAAGAGGAGGAGGAGCUAGGUCUGAAGGACAUGAAGACGGAGGGUUACGAGGAGGAGCACGCUGCAGAGCAGGCGGCCACCAACGGCGCAUGAGCUGUUGCAUGAAAAUUUCGUAGAUUUUUGUUCUCUUGCAUUUGGGACGGGGCAUCCUUAGAUACCAGGGCUUCGCCAGCCACAAUGAAGCA